CACCAAAUUAGGGCAGGCCAAACCGGAGAAGCCGGACGUUUCUUCCGGUGGUGCUCCCCUAUCCUCUCCGGGCUCCUCCCAUUAGCAACCGUAGGGUUCGGCCGGGUAGCCAGUCCCUUGAGAUUUGGGCUCUGAGCCCCGCCCCGGCCCCGGGCUGCUUCCUAGCCCGGGACUCCUCAGGCCUAACUUUCCACUUCCCGGAGAUCCGUAGGUGGCCUUAGACCCCCAUCCCCCACCCCCCACCCCUACAGGCCACUGUGGGCUGGCCGUGUCCCCGCCCUCGCGUCAACUGCAGGGGGCCCGCCCAUAGCCUGUUCCGGAGCAAUUUGCUCCGAUCGCCUAGAACUCCCCGCCCCCUUCUGCGGCCCAGGGCCUGUAGGAGGCCGCAGAGAGGAGGUAGGAGAGGCGGGGGUUGUGUUAGGGGCUCCCUAGAGGACGAGGACCCUGGAGGCGGGAUCUUGGGGCGACACACAGGUGGAGCCAGCCAUUAAGCAGUCCCACUUCUGUGCCAGGCACUGAACUGGGCACUUGACGAGCAUCACCUCUUAAUCCUCAGAGCAUUCCAGGGAGAUUCAAGACUACUGUGGUUCAAAUUGCAACUAGGAGGCCGGCCUAAUCAUGCAGGGUCCCACCUCCUGGGCCAUGAGUGAGCUGAAGGACUGCCCACUGCAAUUUCACGACUUCAAGUCUGUGGACCACCUGAAGGUCUGUCCCCGAUACACGGCAGUGCUGGCCCGUUCUGAGGACGAUGGCAUUGGUAUUGAGGAGUUGGAUACCCUGCAGCUGGAGCUCGAGACCCUGCUGUCAUCUGCAAGCCGACGACUGCGUGUACUAGAAGCUGAAACCCAGAUCCUUACUGACUGGCAGGAUAAGAAAGGCGACCGGCGAUUCCUGAAGCUAGGUCGAGACCAUGAGCUUGGCGCUCCCCCCAAACAUGGGAAGCCCAAGAAGCAGAAACUGGAAGGGAAGACAGGACAUGGGCCAGGCCCUGGCCCAGGACGGCCCAAAUCCAAAAAUGUUCAACCCAAGAUCCAGGAAUAUGAAUUCACUGAUGACCCAAUUGAUGUGCCUCGGAUCCCCAAGAAUGAUGCUCCCAACAGGUUCUGGGCCUCUGUGGAGCCCUAUUGUGCCGACAUCACCAAUGAGGAGGUACGAACAUUAGAGGAGCUCCUGAAGCCCCCAGAAGAUGAAGCUGAACAUUAUAAGAUUCCCCCACUAGGAAAACACUACUCCCAACGCUGGGCCCAGGAGGAUCUGCUAGAGGAGCAGAAGGACGGGGCUCGGGCAGCAGCUGUGGCUGACAAGAAGAAAGGUCUCAUAGGACCGCUGACGGAACUGGACACAAAAGAUGUAGAUGCCCUGCUGAAGAAGUCUGAGGCCCAGCAUGAACAGCCAGAAGACGGGUGUCCCUUUGGUGCCCUGACACAGCGCCUGCUGCAGGCCCUAGUGGAGGAAAAUAUUAUUUCCCCUAUGGAGGAUUCUCCUAUUCCUGACAUGUCUGGGAAAGAAUCAGGGGCAGAUGGAGCGAGCACCUCCCCCCGCAAUCAGAACAAGCCUUUCAGUGUGCCACAUACCAAGUCCCUGGAGAGCCGCAUCAAGGAGGAGCUCAUUGCCCAGGGCCUGCUGGAGUCAGAGGACCGGCCUGCCGAGGACUCAGAGGAUGAAGUCCUUGCUGAGCUGCGCAAACGGCAGGCUGAGCUGAAGGCACUCAGUGCACACAACCGCACCAAGAAGCACGACCUGCUGAGGUUGGCAAAGGAGGAGGUGAGCCGGCAGGAGCUAAGGCAGCGAGUCCGCAUGGCAGACAAUGAGGUCAUGGAUGCCUUCCGCAAGAUCAUGGCUGCCCGGCAGAAGAAGCGCACCCCUACAAAGAAGGAGAAGGACCAGGCCUGGAAGACCCUGAAGGAGCGGGAGAGCAUCCUGAAGCUCCUAGACGGGUAGCCUUACCUGCUGCUGGCCAUCUCCCUGGCCUGGCAGGAGUCCACUUCCUUUGAAGCCUUGGCCAGAGGCUGCCUAUCAAAUGACAACAGUCUCAGGGCUGAAACACUCUCAGGCCACUCAGCUGAGCUUUGUGCAGCCAGUAUGCAAGGCCUUAACUGCGCUUGCCUGGACCUAGCAUCUGCCUGAUGCCCCAGAUGAGCAGGCUUGUUCCUCGUCCCCUUUCCCUCUUACCUUCUCCACACCUCUCCCUCAGGGACUUCUUCCUUGGGGUUUUGUAAAGUACAAACUUAAGAAUAAAGUGACUGCUGUGUUUUGUUUUUUGUUUUUUAAAAAAAAAGUUAUUAAAAAACCACCCACAA